UGAUGGUCACCACUUCCUGUUAAACGACGCUUUUAAUUGGAGACGUGUAUUUCAUUAAUUGAGCAGCUCUGUAUCGACUUGUUCAUUUUAUCAAGAUGGCGUGCAUCAAAGUUAUCGCGAUAGUUUGCAUUUUCUUUCAGUUUGUUGAAAUCAACUGUGUCAAAAAGCCUGAUGACAUUAGUGAUGAAAUGUAUUGCCUUGGAUGUGAAGCUACAAUCAAAGAGUUGGACUUCAUGUUGCGUCGCAAACCUACUAGAGGCAUGGGAGAGACUGUCAGUAGGGCGCUCAUGAAACUGUGUGAAAAGAACAACUUUGACAAGUACGACUUGGACAGCAAGAAAGUGCUUAAAGUCUGUCAGCAUAUCAAAGAGGAAGAUGCGGUUGAGGCCAUACUGAUUACGGACUUAUAACAGGAUGCACAACAUGGGAAAGCAGACCACAUACCUCGAGAUGACAGAGAAAAUCUGUAGCACUCUUCUCAAAGCAUGCCAAAAAAGAAACUUCAUGGAUUCUCAUGGACCUGAUGGUGGCAUAUCGUAUGACCCCGAAACUGCAGAGUUCCAAAUCACCAAUGGCAAGAAAGUAAGAGUGGCUAGACCAGUACAUAGCAACGGGUCCAGCAACAACGACAAGCCUCAAGGGAAUGCUGACAAAGUUACCAUAGAAACACAGCCUCCUGCAAAAUCUGAAAGCACUCCAGAGGAGCAUUCACACGAUCACGAGGAACUGUAGGGAUUGGACAUGCAUUCUAUAGGACCUCUAACACAUUGUUUGGGCAUGAAGAAAUUACAAAUUCUAAAAGUGAUCUUUAUACAUUGGACAGGUAAGUUGAUGUUGAAAAUUUGUUAGGAUAGACAGUUGCGAGUGUAGGCUGCAAAUGUGUUGUAUAUAUUGACAGUAGUUUAGCUGAUGAUGGACCAAAUUUUUUUUCAAAAUAAAAGUUGUGUUUAAUAACUAUUUUUAUCUCCAUGAGUUUUAUCAGAAUUUGUACAUAACUAAGCAUUUGUAUCCCCAGUGUGCAAUUUGAUGGUAAAUAUUUUGCUAAUAUGUAUUCAUUGUUGCUUAGUUCAUAUUUGUGUAAAUAGAAGUUGGAAAUGUUUUUAUUUUUAAUAAUACAGACAUUUAUCACCACUGAUAUGAAUUGUUUUCAUAUGCACAAUGAAUAAUGGGUAUGAUAAUUAAAUGAUACAUACCGUUAUUAUGGGAAUUUCUUAAAAGAAAGUUGAAUUUCAACUAAAUCACUGGUUGAAACAAGCACAAGCCAGUAUGGCAUGGCAAAUUUUUGUCUACGUAGAUUUUCUUUAGAAUGAUACAUGAACUAGAUUGCAGCAAUUUUCUUGGUCACAAGUAAUAGUAUAUAAAUUCUAAAAUUUGCUUGGUUUGUUUGCAGAUUGUUUUUAUGAAAUGUGCCUUGAGCAAUAUGUUAAUUUACUUUUAUUAAACAUGAUCAAUUUGACAUUUAAGGUGGCCAAAAUACUCAGGCACGUAAAGAUGCCUUUUCAGAUGUUGACAAAUAAUUAUUCUCCAUGGUUAUUGCUUAUUAUAUUAUUGUCUUUAAAAACAUUGACACUUUACAUUUUUGUUGCCCAGACUGUUACAUAGCAAAGUUACACUGGAAUCACCAUGGAAAUCUGUCUGUCUGUUUAUAUGUCUAUUCAUAAACUCAAACUUGUCCUUAGGUGUUCUCCUACACUUUCCAAGGUACAACAUUAAAACUUGAAGAAGUUGUGCAUAUGUGAAUUAUUUCAUACUAGGUUAAAAAAUGCAGAAGGUACGCCCUUUGUUCAACUUUGUGGGUGCAAAAGUUAUGGUUUUCACAUAAUUAUUGUUGCUAAAGACUUAAUAAGGCAAAAACAUACAUCUCUGAAACUACACAAUCAAGCAUUUUAUAUUAUGUGUGCAUCACUGUUUAUUUGUUCUUUACUUUGUUUCAUACAAUUAUGACCGGCCAAAUUAUUUUUGAAGUUUCACAAAGCAUAAUAACAUUCCCUCUAAAACCAAGGCUCAAAGGUUUCUCGUAUUUGGUAACAUGGUAUUUAGGUUCUCUUCAAACUUUGUUUAAAAAAUGCCCUAUGGGGUCAAAAAAUGUCAUGCUUCAGGGGCAAAAUUUGAAUUUCUACAUAUUUUAUAUCUAAAUUUGUCAUAAGGUGAGCGUCUACUUGAAGAAUUUAAGAAAUGUCUUUCAUACAAAUCAUGCAAAAGUUCUCAUAUGCUCCACAUUGUUAAAAAAUCUUUAUUACAUUAUGUUCGCAAAUUGAUUUGUUUGUUGUUUUUUUUCCGCAAAACAGCCUCAUAUUUAGAUUAGAUAUUUACCUGUUAUCUUCUUUGUUGUUUGUUUUCAACCUCCUUUGUGCAAUUUGACAACUCUUUAUGUGCAAAAAUUUACAGUUUCAUGCAACUCGUAUUUGUAUAGGGUAUCUUGUUGCGAGUAAAUAUGCUAUCGAGUCUUUUUGUUGUCAUAAUAGGUUUAUGUUAUUAUGUUCACAUUGUUUUACACAUUUAAUUUAUUUAGUACUGUUGCAGCAUAUUAUGUUUAAAAAACUAUUCAAAUGUUGUGUUUUUCUGAAUCUUGAAACUGUUUUCUUUUAAUACUUGUAUAUGUCUAUCUAAUUUAAUGUAGUUUUGUUUUGUUUGUAACCAAUCUGUUAUACAUUUUAUAUUCAUUCCGCAAAUUUCUAUUUGGUGUGAUUACUAACAUUAUAUGUAUGCUAUAACAUGUUGACAUUUCAAUAAAGUUUCAUUCUGA